GCCGGCAGGGAGAGGCCAGCAGAGGCCCGGCUCCGGCUCCGUAGGCUCGGCGCUCCGGCUUCCCUCCUGCCCUGGCUCCCCCGGGGCUGCUCUGGAAUUCUCUCGGUGCCCACUGUUGCCAUGCACUCAGCUGGGCCUCACGGAGCCGAGUCACCCAUGAGCAGGCAGGAAGAGAAGGAUGCUGAGCUGGAUCGGAGGAUCGUUGCCCUUCGAAAGAAGAACCAGGCCUUACUACGCAGGUACCAGGAGAUCCAGGAAGACCGGCGGCAGGCGGAGCAGGGGGACAUGGCCGUGACCACAGCGGAAUUCCUCCGCCCCGAUGGCCUCACUGUCACUAUCAGCCAGGUCCCCGGCGGGAAGCGGGUGGUCAGCCGGAACUGGGCAAGACCCCUCAGACCUGGAGCAGCCGAUGAGAUGCUUGAGGAUGAGGAGGUGGAGGACCACCCUGGUACUUUCUGCCUGGGGGAACGGGUAGAGCUGGCUGUGACCAUGGAAAACAAAGCUGAGGCCAAACGGAUCGUAAGUGAGAAGCCCACCAGAGCAAGGAACCAGGGCGCAGAAGGGUCACGUGGAAGGGGCUUGGGCCAGACCCCCUCCAUGCAGAUGGCCAUCAGCUCGGAUUCUGCACGGAAAGGUGCUCGGGAGCCCCAGAGUCCAGGCCUGGUCCCAGGCCCAGUUCCCCACCGGCCCAAGGGGGGACCCGUGGAGGUGGGCUGGGACUAUGCCCAGUGGAAGCAGGAGCGGGAGCAGAUCGACCUGGCCCGCGUGGCCAGGCAUAGAGAUGCACAGGGUGACUGGCGCCGCCCAUGGGACCUGGACAAGGCCAAGCCCACGCUACAGGACUCCGGCAAGCCUUGGGAAGAGGGUCCGGCCAGGGUGGGCGGCACCAGGGGUCCCAGGAGCCACCGGAAGUCACAGCCCCCACCACUGUCCCUUGAUGGUAAAGGUGGUACUACUCGGGGUGGGCAACCCAGCAGACCCUCAGUGGUGUCGGCCACACGAAGCAAAGCCCGGGGGACAGAGAGGCUGACCGGCAGGGCCCGCAGGUGGGAAACGAAGGAAGACAAGGAGGAGCUGGAGAGCCAGGAGGGAAGCCAAAGUACCAGAAAGACUCGGAGUGAGGAGGAGCAUUCACAGAAGCAGAGCAGAAUGGAGCUGGGCCGACCCACAAGUGCCCCAGCAACCAGCCCAGCCCCAGGAUCCCCAGGGGGGCCAAAAAGGGGGUCAGGAGACUCCAUAGCCAGUCCAGUCCCUGGCUCUCCACAAAGCACAGACUUGGUUCCCCUUGACCUUUCUCUAGGAGGGGCCAGUAGCCCCGGCUCCGGGGAGAGUAUGUGCACGCUCACUUCAAGGCCCGGGGCCCAGGAGAACCCUGUGUCCUCGCCGGAUGGCUCCGAGCAGCUCCUGGGGUGGAGUGACCCCCAGGCUGAGCCGGAAGUACAGACUUGUUCUGAGCCACAAGGAGCAGGGCCGCUAGAGCCCAGAGAAGACAGGUCUGGCAAGCCUGGGGUCCAGCAGGGCUUGGCACAACGAAGCAGGCCCCCCAGAGGAAUGAGCCAAAGGGCAAGGGGCCCAGGAGGUGUGAGAAGCAGGACAGGACGGCCUGGCCCUGCAGGAAGAUGCUGAGCAAAGCUCCUGGGAGCACAGGGGCCAGGCUGGGGAGAGGAGGAGGGAAGAACGCAGGCAGGACUCUUGCGUGCGAUGAGUAUCUGGAUGCUGGUGGCUUGUGGCGGUCUGAGCAGCUGGGCAAACUCUCUAGUGGGGUGACACUGGGAGGGCAAGGAGCUGUCCUUCCUUGCCCCUCAUGGGCACAUCCUGUGCAUAGGUGUGUUUUUACCUGCAGGUAAAGCUCCUGGUGUAUUCCUAUGCCACCCCUGGUCUCUGAGGCUGUUGAGCCCUGUCCUGGGUCCAUUGCCACCGAGGCCACAAGCUUCCCUGCCAUGGCAAGAACUGGAGGCUUAGAAGCACUUGGCACCUAGCUCUCCUGGCCUCUGUCACCCCCGAGGCCUGGCUUCUCUUUCCAGUUGCGGCUUUGGCUCUUCAGGUGCAGGCAGCCUCGGUAGCUGGCAGGACCAGUCCAGGCCUGAGCCCCUUCCCCUGCCUCUGCCUUGCACCUAGGGGACACACAGCCCCAAACUCCCAGGAUGGCCCAAGCAGGGGAAUCUCAGCCAUCAGCUGGCAGCCUCUAGCCUUUCUGGAAGAGGAGGCUGAGCCUCGAAGGAAGGGAGGCCACAGCAGGUAGGGACUGAGCUGGGGACAGAAGAGCAGAGCUCAGGUUUCCUCCGCAAAAGAGAGGGUCCCUGGAAAGGGCUCCUCUCUGAAACGGCCUGGGGUGGGGUGGGGAGAGGGCAGCCUCUUCUCCCCACAGGAGGGUGGCGAGCUCAUCAUCAGGGAUACCCUCCCCCACACCCAGGUCAGACAGCAAGUGUACCGUCAAGACAGCAUCAACGGGGUGCAGGGGGUAGCCCAGGGCCAUUUCCUGCCAUCUC